AUGUUGGAGAAAAUCAAGACACUAUACAAUCCAACGCCGGGCAUGGCUCCAGACAAGAUUGCGCCAACGGUAGGACAGAACAUCGGCAAGAUCAAUCUUCCGUCCACCAUCAUGCAGUUCUUCGAUCUUGGUGGACAACGGGAUAUCCGAUCCAUCUGGCCGAAGUACUAUGAUGAGUGUCACGCUGUCGUCUUCGUUGUCGAUGCCAGCGACCAGGCUCGACUGUCUGAGACGUGGGAAGUGUUCGACGAUGUUAUUACUUCGCCCCGCUUAUUAAACCUUCCUCUGCUCCUGCUGGCCAACAAGCAGGACAAGGACACGUCCCUCACCGUUGCCGAGAUUCGCGAGUCGUUCGAGGCUUGGCAACGCGCGCGACCUGGUAAGGAGGACGAGGAGGCCGCAGCCCCAGGGCCAAGUUCGGAGGCUAGAGCGGCAGACGUAGUGGAUGCGGACGCCAAGCGCGAGCGCCUCGCCAGCUUGGACGUCCUAGGAGUUUCUGCUCUGGAAGGGUGA